GAAUGGACAUUUAUGGGUGAAACUUGCAGAUUGUUCUAGUGUCGUAGCAUCGCAUCAUUACUAAUUCUGGAUUCCUUUGAGUAUCCGUUUUAACAAAAGUCCUGAUCUCUUGAAAGAUACGUCACCUGGUGUCAUCAUCAAUUUUGAUUAUUUGCACCGGUGUUCCCUUCCUACGCGUGUGGCGUUUCUUUGCUGCCACGCCGCAUCCCACCACCGUUGCUACGCCAUUGAAUCAUUUCCAAGGUUUUGUCGGUACUCCACCCAUUGCUAACUGUUCCUCGGAGAACAUCUUCAACACAUCAUCAAAAUCAGAGUUAGGGUUACGCUUUUAACACUUUCUUCUGUUUGAUUCCAAAUUAAAUGCUCUGUUAUUAGAAGAAUGGGACCAUUAGCCUAUACUCAAAGAAGCUCUGCUUAUUUCUCUGCUCUCACCCAAGAGAUCGACAAAAAGCUUCAGAGGGCACUUGCUUCACCAACUCAAAGACGCGAUUUAUUACAACAGCUAUUUGCAGACGUAGCUUUACAAGUUGACGAUCGAGCUAGAGAUAUAAUCCUUGAGGAUGCGUUACAGAUUAAGGGUUCUUUAUGUUUUUACGAUGUUCUUGCUGACCAUUUUGCGAAUGAACUUGAGCGAGGGAAACCAAUCAUUGAUUUGAUCGUUCAACUAUGGAGCCAGCCUUUUGCCUCUCAUAUAUUUGCAUUAUUGUUCCAUAAAUGGUUGUUUGAGGUUGAAGUUGAUAGUCCAGAUCUCCUCCUUCGCUACUCUUCAGCUCUUGUCCAAGGUGCUAUGAAUGUUUUCUGGAUUGACAUCCAGACAAACACCACCCAUUUCCAAAGUCUUUUUAGGUAUCUUCUUGAGGAUGUUGCAUUGGUGCCCGAGAAGUUGAAGAAAAUCCCUUUGCAGGCUCAAAGAGAUCUGUUUCUUCUUCUUUCAAGAUUUAUAUUCCUUUAUAAUCUAGAUGAAAAGCUUGAAUCCUUAUUUCACCACUUCCCGGAGUUCCCAAAUGCUUUCUUGAUAGGAGGGCCCGCGGAUGUUUUUGUUAUCGAACUAACUAAUCAGCUUCAAAAAUUAAAAGUGGAGCCAGUGUUGUUACAUUACCUUUCACGCAUUAAAGUUCUUCAAGGUUUGGAGCUUCGAAUGACGACAAGUACCAGACUUAAAACAUGCUUGUACAGCUUCACGUCUCCUGGUGGGCCCAUGUAUCCAACACGAGCCGUUCGUCAUGCAGCCUGGGAUGCUCUUGAUUUUCUUUUUCCGGUUGGGCAAUAUCCUCGACAUGUUAUAAGUUUGUUUUUCCGGCUGUUAUAUCCAUGGUACUGGCCAUCCUCUUGUUGGAAUUUUGUGUUGGCAUGCAUACACGCCAUAUUGUAUUCGAUUGAGAGGCUCAUUUUCCCAACGCAUAAGUUGAGGGAGCCCCACAUGUAGCUGUUGUGGAAUUAUGUUUGUUGUAUUACGGUUGAUUGUAAUUGAAACUAUAUUUUGUAUACCCUUUUUUCAAGUUACAUUGGCUUGUGAAUC